AUGAUGCAAAGUGAUAACCAAGACCAGAACCUUGAGGAAAUAAUUAAGGAGCUGUGCACAUGUAAUGGAUUGUCUUAUGAGAAAGUUGAUCAAGAGGGACUAAAAACAACAGCACUGGAGAUGUUUUUCUCAGGUUAUCCCAAAAUGGUAGGCUUGAAAUAUUUCCCAAAUUUGACCACACUCACUCUUGUUGGGCAAAGGAUUCAAAAGAUUUCAGACCUGGAGCAUUGCCUGUUACUCAGAGAGCUGUGGAUUGCUGAAUGCUGUUUAGUGAAAAUAGACGGUCUAGAAAAAUGUGUAAAUUUGGAAAAGCUUUACCUUUAUUGCAAUGAAAUUUCCCAGAUUGAAAAUCUAGAAGCCCUAACAAAGCUGAAUGUAGUUUGGUUGAAUAAUAACCUGAUCAAGAAUAUAGAAGGCUUACAUACUCUGCAGAAUUUACAAGAGGUCAACCUCGCUGGAAACUUGAUAGAAAAAAUAGGAAGUUGCUUGGACUUCAAUAUACGAAUAGAAAUAUUAAACCUCUCUGCGAACAAACUAUCUUCCUGCAAGGAGCUCACUAAUUUGUCAAGACUACCUAAUUUAAAAGAUUUGGGCCUAAAUGAUCCUCAGUAUGGGCCCAACCCUGUUUGUCUUCUCCGUAAUUAUGCUAUCCACGUGCUCUAUCAUAUACCUCAGCUUCAAAGGCUUGAUACAUGUGACGUAUCUCAGAGGGAAAUCAAGGUUCUGGCAGAAACCACAGUUAUGAAAAAAAAAAUGUACUAUAACAUGCAUGUAAAAAGCAUUCAUAGACAGCUCCAUGACGAGCUUGAAAAGCUAAAAGAAAGCAAAAGUAAAUUGCAGAAUUUGCCAGAAAAUAAGAUAAAAUUACUCAGCUGCAGCAUAAAACAUCUGGAAUGUGAACUGGCAGAGCUGCAAAUGUUGGGUGAAACAUCAAGUAAUAAAUCUCAAAAAAGUAAGAAUCUGGAAACUGAAACUUCAGUUCAUGACAGUGAUGAUGCAGAUAAGGCUGCUGAAGAGUCCGAUCUUGAAAAGGCAUUCUUACAAAAAAUAAAUGCCCUGAAGGAAAGAAUAACAUUCUGGAAUAGAAAACUGGAUGAAAUUGAAAAAAAUUAUGAAAUGGAAAUUAAGAAAAAGAAGAAGAGUUUUGACUUGGUAGUACAGUUCUUGUUGAUGGAAUUGGAAACAGUGGGAAACAUUCGCAUUGAAGAAGGCUUAUCAAAUAAUCCCUGGUUUAGUUACUGUUGUGAUCUAAUUCAAGCACGGUAUUGUUUCUGGGACUUCAGAACAUAUGGUAUCAUGGGAGUGAAAGUAAAUCGCAUCUUUAGAGUGCACAAUCAAAUUCUGAGGCUGAAAUUUGAAGAGAAGUUUCAAAUGUUUCUGGAGAAAGAAGUUUUCAGUGCAGCAGAAAACUACAAAGAGAAGGUGGACUAUCUCUUUUAUGUAUUUAACCCUGAAUUGCCAGUUAAAGAAAAGCAGCUGCUACAAAUACUGGAGGAUGGUUUCCAGAGUCUGGAAGUGCAUACGUUGCCUAACACAAAGGAAGCUGUUCUUCUCUGUAACAGUCUAAGCAUCUGUGAAUGCCCCAGAAUAGAGUUUUUGAAACAACAGGCCAAAGCUGAAGGCAAAAACAGCAGUGAUCCUGUGGAGUCAUUCAAGCAUGGGAAAGUGAUAAUUGCAAAGGUUUUCCUUGGCCACAGUACUCCGGUUUGUGCAAUGAAUCCCAUCUGUCAAGUCAACUACCCAGAGGCUAAUUCAGUAUUCAGGCCAUGGAAAUGCCUAGAAAGUGAUACAUCUGCUUCUGACAAUAAAGCGUGGUCUUCAUUGGAAUGGAGAAAGUGUGACUGCAGGCUUCGGCAGUGCGAGUGGUUUGUGUUUGAUCAUGAACUGGUCCUUCCAGAAUAUGUUGCCGAGUUUGAGUACGUUACACUGGCUAAAGAUCAAUCUCUGUUUUCUACGUACAAUGUAAUUGUGGAAGAGGGAAAGAAAAGCACAGAUGGAUUUAUUCUGUCUCAUGAUUUGCAACGUGAUGAUGAAGUUUUGAACAUGCAACCACUAGUGAAAGCCAGGCCUAAGAUUGCUUGCUUAGAUGAAAAAACAAUGCUUUCAGUGGCUCAGGCCAGUAUUUUCAGUCAGGUAAAGGUUUUGAAUUUGCAUGGAAACAGCCUGAGCAAGCUACGGGACAUCUCUAGACUUACAAGACUUCAAAAGCUUACCAUCAGCUUUAAUGAAUUUACUUCCUUAGAUGAUAUUUAUGAUUUGCCCAACCUGGAGUAUUUUGAUGCAAGCCAUAACCACGUGAUCACUCUUGAGGGCCUUAGACACUUAAGAAAACUGCAAUUCUUUGACCUGAGCUGGAAUCAGCUGAAAAAGAGUAGGCAAGAAAUAAACAUCUUACGUGAACACACUCCCAACUUACGCAGUCUGGACAUCACACACAACCCAUGGCAUAAGCCAGCCUCAUUGCGUUUGAGUGUCAUUGGCCGAUUAAAGGCUCUCACUAUCCUAGAUGGAGUCCUGAUUACUGACGAAGAAGCUGCGGAAGCAUUACACUAUAUUGCAAGAUCAAAUAUAACCCAGGUAUCUCUGUUAGAAUAUUCUAGGACUGAUGAAGAAAGCCCUCCCGUUCUUAGUGUGUUUCCUUGCGCUAAAAUUCUGUCUCAAAUUAGCAAGAACAAGGUGGAUUCACAGGCACAUCUUAGUAACUGGUAUUCAAUGAUCACUGUCUUAGAUCUGGAUGAUCAACAUCUCUUCAAAAUUUCCAACUUGGAAAGAUUGGAGCAUUUAAGAUGGGCAUCAUUUAGCAACAAUAAUCUCACUCAGAUAGAAGGUCUAGAGUCUUGUCUUAAUCUUGAAGAACUCACUUUGGAUGGAAACUGCAUUUCAACACUAGAUGGAAUUUCAAAGCUCACCAAACUUACAAGACUUAGUGUAAAUAACAAUCAUCUUACCAGCCUGGAAAGACAUGUGUUUCAAAAUCUGUCUCAUCUUCAUUACAUCUCCGUUGAGAACAACAGAAUCACUUCUUUAAUCGGUUUAAAGAAAAUCUAUUCUCUAAUAGAGCUAUACAUAAGUAAUAACUUUGUUUCUGCCAACCAAGAGAUAUACCAUUUAAAGGGUUUAACUAAUCUGAUAAUUCUGGACAUGAAUGGAAAUCUAAUAGUUUGGAAACAAGAUAACUACCGAUUAUUUGUAUUAUUCCAUCUUCCUUCUCUCAAAGCUUUAGAUGGCAUUGCAGUAGAUCCAACAGAAGGAGAAAGUGCAAAAGAUCUGUUUGGAGGCAAACUCACCUCUGAUAUGAUUGCAGAUAGACUGGGACAUUCAGACUUCACAGAAAUGCAAGAAUUAAAUUGGACAACCUCUAAUAUCAGAACUGUAGAGCUGAUGCCAGCAGACCAGUUUAGAAAUGUCUGCAGCGUGAAUUUACAGAACAAUAAUCUUACAUCUUUCAGUGGUUUAAUCUUCCUGCCUAAUGUCAAGGUAUUGUGUCUGAACUACAAUCGCAUUGAAUCAAUACUGCCUAGACAAAAGCCCCCAAAUCAGGCAGCAAAUAGGCAGCAGCUGUACCAAAAGGUGACCUCUAGUGGCUAUGGACAGCAAGGACUUUCCAAAGGAAGGAGGGAUGCAGCAUGUGGUGGAAACCUGCCCCCAGUAAUGCAGAGUCUGGAAGUUCUUCAUCUAGGCUACAAUGGAAUUACUAGCAUGGCCCAGCUACAGCUUAGCAGGCUAAAAAACUUGAAACUUCUGUUUUUACAGGGAAAUUUUAUCAGUCACAUUGAAGGACUCGAAGGCCUCCAGUUUUUGCAGGAGUUGGUAUUGGAUCAUAACCGCAUUAAAAUGAUUUCAGAAGGCUCCCUUACUAAACAGAAUGCUCUUUUGGCACUUCAUCUGGAGGAAAACCAAAUACGAGAACUGAACAGUUUGCAACCUUUGGUAAAAUUACAGAAACUUUUUCUGGACUUCAACAGAAUUCAGGAAUUAUCUGAACUAGAAAAACUUGAAGUUAUUCCCAGUCUUAAAGUGCUCUCAAUACAUGGAAAUCCAAUUUCUUUCAAGAAGAACUACCGUCCUUUGCUUUUGCUUCGACUGCCAACCCUGCAAGUGUUAGAUGGAACUGCAGUAAACACAGAAGAGAGGAUGAGAGGUUUCCAAGUUGCAAACUCUCCAAAGGGCUGUGGACUUCCUGCAUUGCCAGCAAACUUUCCAAGAUACUUUCCUCUCAGAAUAACAAAUGUGAAUCUGAAUGAAAACUUAAACCAUUUCUUUGGCUCUGAUUUUACAUUUCAUCACAAACUUGAAAAGCCUGUACUGACUGUGUCAAAUAAAAAUAAAUCUAAGAACCCAGGAAUUAUAACAAAUAAUCCUCGAGGCAUCCAUGCAGAAAGAGGUCUUUGGCAAGCCAAAGGAGCAGCAGCUAAUCUUCUAAAUCAUUUGGCGCAUCACAGUGCUACUUCUUGA